CCACGGAGCACAAGGAGAAAAAGAUGGGUCUGCGGAAAAUAGGUGCCAAAUAGCCUGUAACGCGCACUUUUUUCGAUAUAAGUUUAGUAUUUAACAACAGCAAGAAAAUGAGUAUCUCUGUGACGCGGACGCUUUGCAAGAAAAAUGAAAACAAGAAGGGAUAUCGCCCACAGCGGCCGCAUGAUUAUCUUUAUGAUCCCAUUUACACGGUGUCUGGGGAGAUGGACCAUGCUCGAGUCGCCUUCAAAGCUUACUCGUCAGUGGAACGAGUGCGGAAGAUGCCGGACUUCAGGUCCAUGUUCAGCCACCUGCCGCACCACCCGCGCUACACCCUGCGGCUGGAGAAGGUGGACCCUGUGCCUGACUUCAUCGACCGCAGGUGGCGCGGCCACGCCGACCAACGCAGACAAGUGCUGCAGCAGCUAGCCGGUGUUGUUCCAGGAGUGCAGGUGGAUCAGCAGGAGUGCAAUGUGGGUGGAGUUGACCGGUGGAAGUACUUCAAACGACCUCUGCUCCCGUUCAGCCAGCAGGUUCCUGCUGAUGUGGUCUUUGCAGUGCCCGCCUCCACUCCUCUGCCCCCGCGCGACGAUCAGAGCGAUGGGACGGGGGAGCCGUUCCAGUGUACGGUGGGAGUGCAAACGGACUACAGGGACAGCGAGGCCCAAACGGACCCCUACACCCCCGAGUAUGUGCUGAGGCCUGGCACCGCCCCGCCUGAACUGGUCACCUUGGCCACACUCACCUGGGGUCGUGGUCUGCCGGCAGGGCUGGCGGAGGUGGAGAUGAUUGAGCGUGCGCGUGCCAAGCGGGCGUGGGAGGCUAACCUGCCGCCCCUCAACGACGCCAGCCAGCUGGACAAGAGGAAGAGGAUGAUGGAGGAGAUGGAGAGGAAGGAGUGGGCCUUCAGGGAGAGCGAGAUCGAGAAGCUGCAGGAGGCGCGUCUGGUGGUGCUGGUGAACCUGCUGAGGCAGCGAGAGGAGCACCAGCAGAAGGGGACAGUCAAGCGCCUGGACCAGAAGUACAGCCAACAGCAGAAGAGCAAGGAACACACUCUCAACCGCAUACGCAGCAACUACAUCAUAUCGCUGCGUAAGCUGGUGGAGAAGCGGCGUAACAUCGAGGGGAAGUUGGAGCGGCGUGACAUCGUGAAGGACUACUGUGACUACGGCUCGGCCACCUACGCCCCGCUGUCACGCGUAGGGGUGUUCCCGGACCGAGAUUCACAGCGCCAUGUUGUCAAAAGCCCCCUCCUGGACACCUAUGAAGGCUUGGUGCAGCUGGAGGCUAACCUGCCGGCGUCGGUACUGCAGCCGUGUAUCAAGGCCCCCAAGCCGCGCGUCAACAAGGGCUUCAUCAGGCGCGCCGACCGCAGCGAGAUGGAGCUCAGGAGGACCUACGAGGCUCUGGUUGCAGAGAAGCAGCGUGUGGAGGAGAAGAAGCCGCUGCGGUUCCUCUUCAAGACGGAGAAGCCAGAGCCAAGGUCUCCCAGCCCAGUGGCCGAGGCCCCGCCCGAGGGAGACGAGGAGAUUGAGUUGGCGGUCAUCUUCCUGCAGAAGCUGCUUCGAGGCCGCUCCAUCCAGAACCAGAUGUUUGAGGGCAAGGAGAAGCGCAUGGAGCUGAUCCAGGAGCUGCGCACCACCCACGCCCUGCAGAGAGAGGAGCAGGACAUACUCAAGGAGGACAAGCAGUUCACACACUCACUCCAGAGACACCGAGAGGAGCACUGCAACCGGCUGUCUGAGAUGGAGAGCCAUGAGGCGGGGGUGUCGGGGGCGGUGCUGGCGGACAUGCUGGACUUCCUGUCCAAGGAGCUGGUGCGUCUGCAGGAGGAGCGCAGGCUGCACGCCCUCACGCUGCUGGCCGACCGCAGGAGGCGCAUGAGGGAGGCCGAGGAGAGCGGACGCCGACAGCUGGAGGAGAAGAGGAGGCGCGAGGAGGACGCCAUCUUCAAACAGGUGGUGAAGGUGCAUCAGGACACGGUGGACGUGUAUCUGGAGGACAUCAUCCUGGGUACGGUGGAGCAGACAGCAGACAGCCAGGCACGCCAGGAGAUCCAGAGGCUGGCAGAGGAGGUCAACAAUGUGGCCUAUGCCCUGGAGGACACGCGCAGUACCUUGCAGUCCGAGGAGAUAGUGUCAGAGCUUGUCUACAGCUUCCUCCUACCAGAGAUUCAGAAGAUCUCCAUCAGAGACAAAGUGAAGCAUAGUCAGAGGCGGCACCUGCAUGCAGCGCGCUCCAUCGUCCACAGUGAGGCAGCAGAGAGCGCCACCGUGGCCUCCUCCAGGGCCCCCAGGCUGGCCUCGCCCUCCGACCGCGCCUCCACCAGCCUCAUGCAGGACGUGGUCCGGCAGGUGGAGGAGGACGCCGCUUCCACCUCCACCUCCACCUCCACCUCCACUCCUGCAGCCAACACAUCGGCUGUCCCAGCAAUCUGACCGUGCCGCUGGCUUGGCCCGUUGCUGAGGAUCCCCCUUGGGCAACGUCAGGAACCCCAGAGCACGGAACUGACGACGUUAAUGGCGAUGUUCUUUGGGAACACCUUUUGGUUUGGGGAUGAGAUGUGUGUUUGUGUCGCCCGAAGAGAUGACGAUGACUUCUGACAGAGGAAUAAGACUUUAUUAAAAUGCUAUGCAUCAAUUCA